CUAUUUCCAAUACGGAGCCGCCACUAACUUGCACGUGGUUCUACAAUGUUGAUCCCAACAUAGUCCGGCGGUUCGCACACUGGUAACGGCCGUUAACAAUUGUGAAUUAAAAGUUGUACUUCCAGAAAAGCGGAAAGCUGAAGAUGUUGAGCAGAUUGAAGCUUUAAAGAAAGCGAGACUGGAGACGAAGGCAUUAAAAGCUAAGCGUCCGGAUUCUCCGAUGAUAGAUAUGAUGAGACGUCUUACUAUUUUGAAAAUGGGUUGCGCAAAGUUUACCCCUAUUACUUCACCUUUACAACAUUUACUAAAGGACGCUGGGUAGGAGAGAAAAUAUUAGAUGUAUUUUCACGCGAAUUUCGUGCUCAUCCACCCGAGGAGUAUGAACGUAGCAUAUUAAUUGGUUCACUUAAAGUGAAUUAUGAACGCGUGCCAGUCGAUUAUAAGCUAAAGCAUAACGACUUGCUGUCGAAUACUGUGCAUCGACAUGAAGUGCCUGUUACUGACCAACAUAUUAGCAUAGUGCACAUGGACGAGGAUAUAGUUGUCAUAAACAAACCCGCAUCAAUACCUGUUCAUCCAUGCGGUAGAUAUCGUCAUAAUACUGUUGUCUUCAUUUUGGCUAAGGAAUUCAAUUUGAAAAAUUUGCGCACAAUCCAUCGUUUAGAUCGACUUACAUCUGGGUUAUUGCUUUUUGGUCGCACGCCCAAGAAAGCGAGAUUAUUGGAACAACAGAUACGAAACAGAGACGUAGAAAAGGAGUAUGUAUGUCGUGUGGAGGGAAAUUUUCCUGACGGGAUCAUUGAAUGCAAAGAACCCAUUGAAGUUGUCAGUUAUAAGAUUGGUGUCUGCAAAGUUUCACCAAAUGGCAAAGAUUCGACAUCGUUUGAGAAAAUUUGUUACAACGGCUCAACAAGUGUACUACUAUGCAAACCCUUAACUGGACGAAUGCAUCAAAUACGUGUAUUUACAAUAUUUGGCUACCCAAUUGUAAAUGACCCGCUAUAUAAUCACGAAGUAUUUGGGCCGCUCAAAGGUCGUGGUGGAGAUAUUGGAGGUAGAACCGAUGAGGAGCUGGUAAAGGAUUUGAUACAUGUACACAAUGCUGAAAAUUGGUUAGGAGUUGAUGGUGGUUUCGAUAGUGAAGGAAUGACUUUGGUAAAACAAGAAGUUAUAGGAAAUGGAGCUGGUGUGCCUGAAACUGUAACAAAUGCAAUUGAAGACACAACGCCUUCUGACAUAGUUAAUGAAAGAGACACUGAUGUAAAGACAGAGCCUGAAGAGCAACCAACCAAAGUAUCAGUUGGCACUCAAACUGGUCAUGCCCCACCCGAUACUGUGUAUAACAAAACGAAAUUAACUUUUGAUAAGCAUUGUUAUGAGUGCAAAGUACGCUUUAAAGAUCCUAAACCGAAGGACUUAAUUAUGUAUUUACAUGCAUGGAAAUAUAAAGGUCCGGGAUGGCAGUAUGAGACACCGCUACCCGAUUGGGCAGGUGAAUUUUGGAAGGAAUCGUCGGAAUAGAAAUAAUAAAAACUUCAAUUGCAAGCAGCUGUGACAUUCUGGU